GUACAUUUUAUUUGAGUCCCAAAAACUUGCAGAGAAGGUCUUUUUCUAUUCACUAUUCUGAAUAGAGUCUCAACUGUUGCACAGCUCCGCGAAGAAAGUCUGCCAUGUCAAACUUGUGGAAGUGGCUGCAUGUUGGUCUUUUCUAAGGCUUGGCCCUCUGUAACACCCACGUGUGCCUGGUGGUGGAGGCACUUUGUGCUCAAUUGCGUGGCGGCAGAGAUGACAUGAGACUGCCGGCAUGCUUCCCUUUGGGGUCACCACUUUCCCAUAUCAACACAAGCACAGGGUCAGUCUCCCAGCUACACUCCCCCUCCACACUCCCCACUGCCCCACCCGAGCUCUUUCUCUUGCAGUCUAUUCCUCCACCUGCUCCCCAGAGACACACUCAUUGUCCCCACGGCUAUAAACACUUCAUUGAGCAUGUGGCAGCCCUGCGUUCCUCAAAGCCCUUCCCAGCACUCUCAUUGGCCCAGGGACUGUGAGAAACUCCAACAAGCCCAAGACCCACACAUUCAUAUGGAGAUUUGGGUGUAUAAAUACAGGGCAGAAGCAGAGGAAAAGGCAGCUCAGAUUCAACUGGCUCUUCAGACCGAGCAGGAACACUCUGACUCUACAGCUAUGGCACCCACUGUUUUUGGUCACGCAAGCUUUUCUAAGGAACAUCUGACUCCUGCUCAUAAGCUGAGAAAACCAAUGGUGGAGAAACUGCGCAGAGACCGCAUCAACACCAGCAUCGAGCAGCUGAAAUCCCUGCUGGGUCCCGAGUUCCUCAGACACCAGCCUGACUCCAAGCAAGAGAAGGCGGACAUCUUGGAGAUGGCCGUGUCCUAUCUGAGAGGCUGGCAGCAGCAGAAGCAGCAGCGACAGGCCAGCGUGACCUCCGGUUUGAUGACUGCCAGCGAUGGCUACUCCCGGUGUGUGCAAGAGGCCGUCAGCUUUCUGUCCCACUGUGAGGUCCAGACUCAGGCCCACAGACAGCUACUCAACCACUUCCAGGGUCUGCAGGCAUCCAGCAGGACCAGCCACAGUCCCUCCAGCCUCUCCCCACCUGGCUCUCCGCUCCAUCAGGUCAGCUCCAGCAAGGGUGUGAGCCAGGCCAGUGGUGCUCUGUGGAGGCCCUGGUAGGAUGGAGGCAGCAUCACCUCCACACAGAGAGAAAGAACUACGUCUGUGAACGUCAUGGACAGAAAGUUGAAGACUCGCUGAAGUCUGUUUCCUUUUGCUUUGGCAGGAGAUUCAAUAUUGUUGAGUUUUAUACUUGUGGCAAAGGGCACAAUGUGCCAGUAUUCCUUUGGAAAGACUGCAAUGAUUCAGGUUUUACUGAAUAUGUACACCAUGUGUAUACACAUUAUGCACAGUGUUUACUCUGUGAUUGUGUUCAUUUUUCCUGUGGGGAAACAACAAAUCCCGACUUUUUGUUUGUCUGGCAAACAUCACUGAAUUAUCUUGUUGUCACACCCACACUGGGUUGAAACUAUUUAAGUGUCUGAGACACUGUUUGAUUUAUGUGUGUAAACUACUGCUUAUCUUUGAUACUGAGUAUCACUGACAGAUACGUUUCAUCAGCUCGCUGCCGGUGAAUCAACAACAUCCCAUAAAUGGAUCCUAUGGAUCCACCUUUACUGUAAAUCGCAUUACGAUUAUACUUAAUUAUGACUAUAUAUGACCUUUAUUUGGUCUGUGUGUGAAGGAGUGUUACUGUUAACUGCUCAGUUGUGAUGUUCAUAAUAGAUGUUUUUUUCAUCUUGAAAUGAAUGCCUUUUAUAAAGACAUUUUAUGUUGACAUCAAUCUUCACUGGAAAGAAUCUUUUGCUUCCUUGAGAAGUUUGCCUUUGAAAAAAAUAAAUUGAAAACUUCACUUGAAGUUAU